UCUCAUUCAGUUCAGUCAGGUGAUUCAGUGAUCCUUCAUUGGAAACAUUUAACACUCUUUUUAUCGUUCUCUCUCUUUCUCAGAAACUGAAACACCGGGCGAGAGGUUUGUCUCCGGACAUUCGGCAGAUCGACCUGGACGUCAACCGCACCUACAGAGACCACAUCAUGUUCAUGCACCGCUACGACGUCAAGCAACAAGCACUGUUUCAUGUCCUCACAGCCUACUCGAUUUAUAACACGGAGGUGGGCUACUGCCAAGGAAUGAGUCAGAUCACUGCUCUGCUGCUGAUCUAUAUGAAUGAGGAGGACGCCUUCUGGGCACUGGUCAAACUGCUGUCUGGACAGAAACACUCCAUGCACGGAUUCUUUGUGCCUGGAUUUCCCAAGCUCAUGCGCUUUCAGGAACACCAUGACCGAAUACUUAAGAAGAUGAUGCCUAAACUGAAACAGCACCUGGACACCCAAGAGGUGCAUACCAGUCUCUACACCAUGAAGUGGUUCUUUCAGUGCUUUCUGGACCGAACUCCGUUCACACUAACCCUGCGGAUCUGGGACAUUUAUAUCCUGGAGGGAGAGAGAGUGCUGACCGCCAUGUCCUACACAGUCCUCAAGCUUCACAAGAAGCACCUGCUGAAGCUGUCUAUGGAGGACCUGGUUGAGUUCCUUCAGGUGGCUCUGUCUAAGGACUUCUUCUUUGAGGACGACUUCGUCAUCGAGCAGCUGCAGAACUCUAUGUCCGAGCUGCGCAGGGCUAAACUCGAGCUACCUCCCCCAGCUAAAGAGGAGGAGUUUCCCAAGAAACCUCUGGGGCAGCUUCCUCCCGAGCCGCUGACCAAUCACGUGGCUAACGGUCAGAUGCCGGGCGGACAGGCCGUGGACGGGCCGGUUUCGCGUGGGCCUAGCCCGGCGGCCAAUCAGAGCCUGAGUGUACCGGCGGAGGCGGUUCCAGCUCCCAGCCCCUCCCCCGAUCGUCCGAAAGACAGCCGGCCGCCAAGCCGGACGCGGCGAGACUCCUUGGACAAGCUCCUGCGCCUCGCCAAGGUGGCCAGCGGGGACCGCAGUGGUGGGCGUAACCGCAGCUCCGGUGGCAGCAGCGAUGCGGAGUCCCGCAAGCACCACCCCUCGGGCCCCUCGGAGAAGGGCCACUCGCCAGCCCCGACACCCCCCAACGCCACCAGCACCCCGGACUGGGGUCCCCACAAACCCCAGGGGCAGCAGCCGCCUCUGCACCACGCCGCCGCCAACCACAACUCCAACGCGGGGUCCAGUGCACGGCCCGACCGGCCCUUCACCCCGCGCUGGGUCAAGCCCUCCGAGACCAAGCUGGAGGCGGCCAAGGCGGCCGCCAUGCGAGAGACCCACCACAGCCGCGCCGCCUCGCCCGCACCCCCGGUCACCCCGACGACGCCCACCGACCCCUCGGGCCAGGGUCCGGGCCGGCGGCCUCGCUCUCACGGCUUCACGCCAGGCUCCAACCGCGGGUCCAACGCCUCGCAGUACGACAACGUCCCCGGGCCCGACGGGCUCCCGGUCAUGGAGGUGCUGGAGCUGGACCACCCCCCCUCGCGCCCGCCCUUCGCCACCCCGUCCCUGCGGCAGAGCAGCCCCACGAGGCCCCCUAGUGGCGGCUUCAGCAACAGCAGCGGCGCCCCCACGCGGCAGCCCAGGCAGAACAUGGCUACCGCCGCUGCCGUCCCUCCGCCGAUGCACGCGUCCAACUCCCGCGUUGGCGUUUCCGGCGGCGGUGGCGGCGGCUCGUCAGCGCACCAGUCCCCGCACCACUACUACCCCCCGCCCACCGGGGGACAGCACUCUCCGGCGCGCGCCGCCAUGGUGCCGAUGUACACCACCUUCGGCGCGGACGCCCGGUCGCCCGAGGAGCGGCCGGUGUACGGCCUGAGCUACGGCGAGCGUGGAGGGGGCUACGCCACCACCCAGCGCCAGCCGCACAGUGCCGGACUCUCGCCCGAGAAAGCCCUGAUGAACAACAUGUACGCCACCUACCGCCGCCAGCCCAACCCCUCCCCCCACCCCCAGCAACAAAACCCCCACCGCCCCCCCCUCUCCGUGGCCCCCCUGGACCUCAGCGCCCGGCUGGACACUAGCGUGGUCAGUGCGGGCAGUGGCGACGGUGGGCAUUAUGGCGGGCAAUACCUGCCGCAGCGCCAGCACACACCUUACCAGCCCAUGGAGUACCGCUACGAGGCCCGGAGGAGGGGGGGAGAUGAGAGCGCCUCGUACCUGUCCGAGGUGAGGGGAGGCUGGGGAGUUCGGGAGGGCGAGAUGCCCCCCCGGUCCCCUGGAGGCCUGCCCCGCUCGCCCAGUUUCCAGAAGGCGCAGAUGUCCCCUGUGCAGGAGUUCAUCUUCCCCUCUCUGCCGGGCGCGGAUGCAGUACUAGGAACCGUCUACAGGGGGGGCUACCCCCACCAGCCCCAGGAACAGCUGCCGCCGGGCGCCGGCAGACAACCACAGCUCCCCCACCUGUUCGGAGGUGUACACUACAGCCACGCGCAAGAGGCCUUCGCCUUGCAGGAGUCCAUGUUGCUCUGAAGGCCACGGAUGGAGAUAGGGGGAUGUGAGGACAGCAGCAGGAGAAGACAAGAAAGAAAGAAAGAAAGGAGAGAAGAGAGAGAGGGAAGGAGGAGAGGAGGAAAAGUAUAGACACUUGAAGUGCAAAACCUGAGAAAGCAAUAGAGAAGUGGCCAGGUGUUUUUGUUGUACUGUUUUGGGGUUUGUUUGUCUGUUCAUUUGUUUGUUUGUUGUGAUGUUUUUGUUUGUUUGUUUGUUUAUUUGUUUAUUUGUUUGUGUGUGACAGACUGACUGUAAUACCUUCAGGAGCUGUGCAGUGGCAGAGGUCUGUAAGCCUCAGGCAUUUUUACUGAUAAACUCACAUUUGCGAGGAAAACAAAAUAUCUGACUGAUUGAAAAGAUUUCUUUUUUAUUUUGUUUUUGUUGUUUAAAUAAUCAUUAACCCAGAAUGUUAGCUAUCAAUCCUUGAGAUUUAAAAAUUGUACAGCAUAUCCUUUUUUUCUUCUUUUUUUUGUUAAUAUGGCUGAGUUAUUUAAACUAUUUUAUGAAUAUUGGUGGAGACUCCUGAUAAGAAAGAAAACAACUCAGUAUUUUUGUGUUGAUUUAUUUGUUUCCUCCUUGGUCCAUCUUUAUUUUUUUAAAUGAGUUAGAUUCUUGAGACAUAUAUUACCCUAGAGGUCAAUUUAUUCUAUUAUGCUUGUGAAUAUCAUAUUUUUUGGAGAGAGAGAUGAUUUAAGAGAAUAUAUGUUUGCAUUUAUAAGAGUCAUUGAAAGAGAGCAGUGAAGGAGAUGUCACUGCGUGUGUUUCUUUUCCAAGCACCUCCACAAGAGUGAUCCCGUCAUUUCCCACGUGAGGGAUUGUCUCUCGUUGUUGUUGUUGUUAUUGUUAUUGUUGUUGUUAUUGUUACUGUUGUUGUUCAUGAUGAUGAAUGCAGUAUAUGAAUCUAUUUGAUCUCCCCUUGUGGGAGCCCUGCACCACCAUGUCUCCACUCCAAACCCCAUUUCAACACACACACACACACACACACACACACACACACACACACACACACACACACACACACACACACAGGCAUCUACAAGCAUACAAAAACACACAAGCAGAAGCACACACACACACACACACACACACACACACACACACACACACACACACACACACACACACACUUCACCCCAGGGGUCAAUCCUAGUUUAGCUUCAUUCCUGGCCUGUUCCCCAAUCGUCACUCCAGCAUUCCUUUGGGAACAGGAUUGACUUUAUUUGGAAAGCAGACCAUUUCUGUUGAGUUUCACUGACCAAAGGGACAUGUGUGUUCUUGAGUUUCUACUCUGCAACUGACCCAACUGAGACAGGACCUGGAUUGUCCUGCGUCUGAGCAAUAGUUUAGUGUCCUCUCUGUAUUUUACACACACACACACACACUAUACAGAAGUGAAUGAUAGCAUUUGUUUUGGUGUGUGUUAGUGAAUGAAGUUGAGUUGAGUAAAGAGGAGUGAAACACUGGACAUUUGUGAUUUUGCAAUUCAACCCUGACAUUCAAAUCUCUCGCCCUCUCUCAUUCACACACACAUGCACGCACCCACCCACUAAACACAGAGAGAGUGAGAGAAAGAUUCAGUGACUGUGUUGAAUGAGAAUUCCAUUCCAUUUAAUUCCAUAUAUACAUAUAUUAAAUGCAGGCACUCUUUUAAAACUAGUUCAUUCCAAAUCACACACACACAUACACACACACACAAACCUUAAAAACGCACCCUGUUGUCAAGUAUAUGCAUCCUUUCAUUUCAGCCUCUCCAGGUUCUUAAUGGUGUACACAUUUUAUAUUGAUGCGAUGCUUUUUUCUCUUCAGUCAGUAUGAGUACAAUAUCAUUGGACAGUACAGAGUCCUUUGCAUUUUGUUGUUAAAUUACUAAAAAAAAGCGAAGAGGUUAUUGGAUCAUUCUUGAGACAAUUUUCUCUAUCUCUAAUAAACACUGCCUGGGGCAAAACUAUA